GCAGCUCGCUCACACACACACACACACACACACGCGCGCACACACAGGAAAACGACUUGCUAGACGCGCGACAUGCACGCGCAACUGUCAACGCGCGACUAACGUACCAGACAAACGCCGUUUUGUUUUGUUUGUUGUUUUGGCUAUGUGUAUAGAUAAACAAAUUACACACUGUUUGUUUCAUUAAAACGGUAAUUUUUUUUUUUUUUUUUUUUUUUUUUUUUGGAAAUGUUUACUCGGAAGAGAAAGGAGCUAUCUAAAACGCCCUCGGUUUCAAAGAAGACUCAGUCAGGAAAUCCUGGAGCUCACUGCACCUCUCUCUCGGUUCUUCAGGAGCAGCCUCAGAGAGACACUACCGAUGGCGCGUCCACUCUGGCUGUGCCAGAUUUGGCAGUUCUGUCCUCAUGUCCCGGCACUCCAUCAGCGGUCCACGGUAAGCUCGUGGCAUCACCCGCUGCUAACCUGAAGCGCUCUACAGGACUUAGCCGCCAUGCCAGCGCUGCAGGGUUUCCUUUUCAGACUGCCGGAACCUGGGGCUUCAGCAGGAACCAAGCGAAGGGCUCUGAGAGCACCGAGGGGACAGCCAUCGACGUAGAGGACAUCCCGCCUUUACUGAGGGACGUGGCACGCUUCGCAGAGGCUGUGGAGAAGCUCAAGGAUGUGGUGCUGUGUGAAGAUAAGGAGUCUCGGAGGGCGGUAGCACAUGAAUAUUUGGGGGAGGUGUUGCGCAUCCUGCGGCAGGUGAUCAGCACCUAUCCUUUACUCAACACUGUGGAAACACUCACCGCUGCUGGCCGGCUCAUCUCACAGGUCAAAAGCUUCAGUUAUGAAGGCAGCAAUGAGGCGCAGAAGAAGGACUUUGAAAAAGCCAUCGAGACCAUCGCAGUCGCCUUCAGCAGCAAUGUAUCUGAGCUGCUGAUGGGUGAGGUGGACAGCAGUACCCUCCUGUCUUUGCCUCCCACUGAGAAGAGCAGGUCUAUGGAGAACCUGUGCGGACUGCCAAUGGGACAGGGUGUGGAGGGAGGGAGCCGAUGCGACCACGACGACUGUAUGAUGAGCCCUGAGCAGGUGGAUAUCCUCCUGCAGCACAGUGAAGGAGGAGUAGAUUCAGCUCUGGGCUACGCAAAGGCCAUCGCCAAGUACAUGAAAGACAUCAUAAUCUAUGUGGACAAGCGCAUUGCACUCGAGAUGGAGUUUGCUAAAGGUAUUCAGAGGCUAUAUCACUCAAGCAAGCAGAGCUUCACACAGACCCCCAUGCCUUUGCUGUCGAUCUAUUCUCUGGCUCUGGAGCAGGACUUGGAGCAGAGUACGGGUGUGCAGCAGUCCAUAAACUCUGUGCUCACACACUCCUUUCUACAGCCUCUGAUGCAGCGCAAACAGGAACAUGAGAAGAAGCGUCGAGAGAUUAAAGAGCAGUGGCAGAGGGCCAAGAGGAAACUGGCAGAUGCCGAGAACAACCUGCGUAAGGCACGCCAGUGGUACCUGACCCGCUGUGAGGAAUACGAAAAGGCACGGCUCGUGGCCAAUAAGGUGGAGGAAGAACACAGUGGAACAGGAAGUGGUUCCACCCACAAGACUCUGGACAGGAAGAGACGACAUGAGGAGGAAGCUCGCAACAAGGCAGAGGAGGCUGAGGCCACAUACCGCACUUGCAUCGCUGAUGCCACCACUCAGCAGCAGGAGCUAGAGGACGUGAAGGUGAACGUGCUGAAACAGAUCCAGGACGUCAUCAGACAGAGUGACCAGAUACUGCGCGCAUGCACCAUAUCGUACUACCAGAUCCUGCACAUGCAGACGGCGGCGCUGCCUGUGCACUACCAGACACUGUGUGAGAGCUGUAAACUUUACGAUCCUGGCCAGCAGUAUGCUGCACAUGUCAAAAACCUGCAGCUCAGCACGGAGCGCGUCACCGUGUUCCAGUUUGAGCCAUACUCUGCCUCAGGCACACAUCAUCUUGCUCGCACCCGUCAGGAUAGCAUCACUGACGACCAGCAGCAAGGCAACGCAGAGACCCCACACACCAAUGAACUGGUGGUAUCUGCAGAAGGGGGCGUGGUCAAGACCAGAAGAGAUCGAACUUAUCAGGCACAUAAAUCCUGGCCCUCGACUCUGAGUGACACAGACAGUGUAGGAGGAGGAAGUGGACUGGGUUCUCCUACCACCAGCUCAGGAGAUGUCUCAAAGGCUCCAAGACCGGUGUCAGCUGGAACCUUGUCUUCCAACGAGGACAUAGAGGAGCAAGAUGGAAAUGUGACAUCUUUUGAACAAAGUAUGAAUGGGAUUGAACCAGAGAUGACCGUGCCCACUGGGCCAUUUCGCAAUGUGGGUCUGUCCAAAGCUGCCAAGACACAUCGGCUACGGAAACUCCGUACUCCAUCCAAGUGCCGCGAGUGUGACAGCUAUGUGUACUUUCAGGGAGCAGAGUGUGAGGAGUGUUUUCUGGCCUGCCAUAAGAAGUGUCUGGAGUCCCUGGCUAUCCAGUGUGGCCACAAAAAGCUGCAGGGCCGGUUACAGCUGUUUGGCCGAGAUUUCUCCCAGGUGCUGCAGGGCAACUCGGAGGGAGUACCUUUCAUCAUCAAGAAGUGCAUCCAGGAGAUCGAGAGGAGAGCGCUCAAUAUGAAGGGAAUAUACCGCGUGAAUGGAGUGAAGACACGUGUGGAGAAGCUGUGUCAGGCGUUUGAGAACGGCAAAGAGCUGGUGGAACUUUCUCAAGCGUCUCCACAUGAUAUCAGCAACGUACUCAAACUCUACCUGCGACAGCUGCCUGAGCCCAUAAUGCCGUUCCGCAUGUAUAACGAGCUAAUGGGGCUGGCAAAGGAGAGUCUGCACACUGAGGGCCCAGACAGAGGAGACGGUGCAAAGGGCCCUGAACUGCUGGAUCAGGGAGAGCAGACCGACCCCAAGGUCCUCAACCUGGUAGAGAAACUCAGAGAGCUGCUGAAAGAUCUCCCACCUGGCAACACCGCCACACUGAAAUACAUAGUACGACACCUGCACAGAGUGGCUGAGUUAGAGGACAAUAACAAGAUGAGCUGCAGUAAUCUGGGCAUUGUGUUUGGGCCGUCCCUGAUGAGACCCAAACCCACAGGCGCCACCGUUUCCCUCUCCUCUCUGGUGGACUACCCUCACCAGGCCCGCAUCGUGGAGGCCCUCAUUGUCUUCCAGGAUCACAUCUUCACCCCUUCAGACUCCCGGCCCACAUCCUCAUCCUCCCUGACCUUCACCAUCCAGGGCCAAGUGAGUACUGAUGAAGCUCAAGAGGUGGAGGAGGAACAGAGCAGGCUGAUCUCAGAGCAGGACUGUGGUAACUCUCUGGGCUCUUCCGGUUCCCGCGAGCGCUCUCUGGACUCGGACUCCGAGGGGGAGGACAUGGGGAAGGUGACUAAACAGCGAAUACUGGUGAGCCAGGAGAGCGAGACCAGCACGGAGGAUGACCAGCUAAGCCCCAGAGUGAGUCUGGACCUGAGUACACUCGUCCCAGAGACCAUCCCCGAGCAGCCCAAUAAGACGGAUGACUUCAGAGGAGCAGAAGAAGAAAAGCUGGUAGACGAGUAGAGAUCAGAACCAUCAAUUCAUCCAUCCAUUUCAGUUUGUAAUACUACUACGGUAACUUUUUUUUGUCGUUGUUCCCAAUAUUAAGCGAAAAAGUGUCAAAGUUGAAGAGUCAAGUUACUCUCAGAUUAAUCAGGGCACUCAUAAAAGUCUAAUGCACUGAAAAAUUAUUUUAAUCUUACAACAGUUCUAUUUGUGAGAUGGUGGAAAGUAUGGUUGUGUAUAUGAUGGUGAUGUUUUACACUUAUCCUUUCUAUUUGAAUGUUUUUAGGCACAUUUCUGUUCUAUAAGGAGUGAAUGUAACAAAAAUGAGUUUAUAAGUGUUGGUAAGAAUGCAAAUGAAUUUAAGAAAGGUUGUGAUAAACAGUCAGUGCUCUUUCUUUGAGAAAAAAUCUUGUAAAGACUUAUUCCUACUCUUGUUCAGUUUUCCUACUCUUGUGUAUCAUGAAAAGGGAAAAAGAUGAUUAUUAGGGAGGCUGCAUUAGCGCAUACAACUACUGAAUUUCCACAGUUUCUCAGGUCUGGAAAAGAGUGCCAUGAAAUCCCAUACUUUCCCACAACUGUGAUAAGAACAAUAAUUUGUUAAAAAUAAUUUUUAAUCUUUAUAAAGCCUCCAUUAUUUUCUAUUACUAAUACUCCAAAACUACAGUUAACAAGCAGGAAGGCCAUGCACAAAGGUGGACGUGACCAAAUAUUCUAUGAUAAGAAAGAAAGGUGAUUAAAAAAGCUUGUAAAUUAAACUGUAUUAAAAUGUAAAUGAAGUAAUUGGGGCAUGAGAUUAUCAUUAGAGUGAAUUCGUAAACAUUUAUUAUUAUUUUAGUGAGUAAUUUUAUGCAUUGGCCACUAGGUGGUAGCAUUAUAUUUUCACUUUGUCCUUGAAAAAGCGUAAAGUCAUCUGUCCUGAAGACUUUCCUCCGGUUAAAAAGUGCCGCCACUGGAUUAUUUUUAAUUAACUUAAUAUUUCACCAUCUUUCUAUCAAAGAAUAUUUGUUACUUACACUCUUAUACAGGUAUGAAUGAUAAAUUAUAAACAUGGCUCAUGUUUUAUCAAUAUUUUUUUUUUUUUUUUUUUUUAAAUGAAUGUUUAUCAUUUGUUUGUUUUUUUUAUUCAUUUGCAUUUUGAUCAACUCCACUUUUACUUCAGUGCAUUUUUAACGAACCAAUUUGGUAUUUUUCAUUAAUUUCCCCUCUCAUGUGUUGUCAUGAGGUAAAAUGUCUCCUAAUGGCUGAAGGACAAUGUUCUAGCACUCUGCAUGCACUAGUAGGAUUAAGGAGCAGAUUGUGGAACAUCUUCGAUGGUCAUAGUGAGACGUGUAUACUCGCAAAGAAAGUUCAAAGUUAAAUCACAGAAAGUUCAAUAACAGCAGGAAUAAAACAAGAUUUAUUAUCUUUACUACUGAAACCAAAACUACAGUGCUGUACAGAUCAAUAUUAAUCUAUAUCAUUACAUCAAUUUUUGUACUAAAUUAUAUUAUUUGAUGUUCUCUUAUGUUAGAUGUUAUGUUACUCAUCUGAUUUUAAUAUUUUCUUUAACAUUUCAUUCAUCAUUGACUUGAAUAUGGAAAUAGCUAGGUAUGCUAAUAAUAAUAAUAAUAAUAAUAAUAAUAAUAAUAAUAAUAAUGGUUUUGCUACAAAAGAGGAGGAAAUGAUCGUGCUGUGGUUUUAAAUGGAGAAUGAGUGUGAUAUAUACAGUAUACUAUACAUUUACGGAGUUACAACAGCUUACUGCUGGUCAGUACGCUAAUGCUAAUGCUAGUGUUAAUACUUAUAUUGACUCAAGUUCAUAGGAAAUUGUGGCCAUGUUAAAGUCAUUUUUAUCUAAAUAUUAACCUCAGAUCUUUAUUACUUUAUCUUUAUUACAUAUAUUGGUUUACGUGUAUAAACCACAGUAGAGGAUCUACUGAAGGCACUGAGUAUUAUUCAUUUCAGUAUGAAAUACCGACUACUUACACUGGAAACGUCAGGUUUUGCUACUUUACAGUGAAUGAAUGAAUGAAUAUGUGUGCUGAGAUUGAAACGUGUUUUAUGUUCUGUUUAAGGCUACAGUUAGUCACCUUUCUUGAAAAAAGGAUUACUCUUCUGGGUUUUUUUUUUUUUUUUGUGGAUAUUAGACCUUUUUUUUGCUUGUUUUCCAGUUGUAUCAAGGUUCACCUAUUUUUAUCCGUAUUAUAAGACUAUAAUUAUAUUUUAGUAUGUGUUACUGUGCUGUCUUUGGAGUAGAAUACAUAUGUAUGUAACUUUUUCCAACAAAGAAAUCAACAAUUUGAAUGAACAAAA